AUGAAGUUCGCCCCCCAGGCUCUCGUUGUUGCCCUUGCUGCCUCUGCCCAGGCUGCUGUCAUUGAGGUCCGCGACCUUGCCACCGUCCGCGGUGUCAUUGCCCAGGUCCAGACCGGCACCGACAACCUCGAUGCCGUCGCCAAGGCCUUCAACGGUGACACUGCCCCCGUCAUCAGCUCCUCCAACGCCUUGAUCACCACCAUCAACAACGGCAAGACCACUGUUCAGGGCAGCUCCAACCUCAGCUAUGGUGACACCAUCUCCCUCAUCUCCAACGUCCAGGAGCUCAAGAAGCACGCUCAGACUCUCUCUGACGACUUCAAGGCCUCCCGCGACAAGGUCCAGCAGGCCAAGGCUUGCGACAUCACCCGCACCCAGAUUGGCAGCAUCAAGACUGCCGCCCAGGCCCUCAUUGCUGCUAUUGUCUCCAAGGUCCCCGACAACGCCAAGUCCAUUGCCAACGACCAGGCUUCCCAGAUUACCGCCGUCCUCCAGGAGGCUGAGAACAACUUCUCUACCACCAACUGCGUCAACGCUCCUUAA